UCUGUACCAAAAGCGGUAACCCCCCCGAGCUACACUCGGGCUUACCAUGCGGCGUUGCUCAGGGGGUCCCUGCAGCACUUACCUUGUCCUUCGCUCCCGCGAUGUGUCCCCUGCAGCGUCCCCGGCCAUCUCCUCCGGCCGAUGCCGGCAUCCGGCUUCUGUUUUCCGGUCCCUGUGACGUCGGGACGUACGGGCGCCGGCGGCGGCAGGAAAUUUGAAAAUUUUAAAAAAAAUUUAGUUUUUUUCAAAAUGAAUUUCACAUAUGCUUUGUCCUGUCCCCUGUCUGCAUUUUGACUGUUCUUUCUG